UUUAAAUAAUACAGUAAUAGUUGUUUUAAUACAUUUAUUUUGAUGUAAGUAAUGACAUUCAUUGUCAAUUAUUUUAAAACUGCUACUAAAUGUUUUUAAAUUAUGCAUAAAUUGAUGGUAUAUGUUUUAAAGUUUUUUAAGUUAAUAAAAAAAUGUAUAUUGCAUUCAAAUGGCUAAUUGGUAUGGCUGUGACCAUGUGGGUUUUAUUAUGUUCUCUAGACAUAUACUGGAAGAAAAGUAUGGAAAAACAUUUUGAUAAUGACCUUCAAAAGCUUUUGCUACCGUUUUACGAAAAUACGAGUAUUGUACAAGAAAACUUGUUUGAACCGAAUAAUGAAAUAAAUAUCUCUAUUGAUAAUUUACAUAAUAAUAUUUAUCUUCAAUUUUCUAUGUAUUUUGUUGGCGUCUGUAUGGUUUUCAUUAUUAAUAGAAAAGAUGGAAUUAUAACGUUAACGAAAAGAAAAUUUAAUUAUUUAAAUUAUGAUACAUUUGAAGCCUAUUUACGGUUAAAAUCUACGUGUUUGAAAAAAUCCGUCAAAGAAAGUAGGGAUACCAUAAUAAUAAUUAUAAAAAAUAUAUAUUCACGGCUUAAAGUGAACAAAGUUCGUGACGCUAAUUUUAAUUUAAUUUUGCUUAAUAAAUUGAAAGAGUUAAAUCAAGAGCACAGAAAUUUAAGUGACAUUUUAAUACCCACAAUCCAAGAAAACAAAAAUAUGAGAAUGCAGUUAUAUUUAAAAUCAGUAUGUAAUAAUGAAAACAUAGUUUAUAAUGUAUUAUCACAAAAAACAAUAAUGGAGAACCGAUCUAUAAAUGUGGGUUUCCAAAAAUUGUAUUUAGUGACUCACCGAGAAAAUAUUUUGUUAAAAUCAACCCUAAAAAACAUAACACAAGAAAAAGAAGAUGCUGAAAGAAAACUUAUUAAAUUAGUAAAUCGAGUUUGUCAAUCAAAAAAUAAUGAUCUCAAAGCUUAUUGCAGUCAGUUUAUAGUACAAACUAAAAAUAAUUUACUGAAUGGUGAUGUAAAAGCUGAAAUACAAAAAUUUCUUGAAAAAUCUUCAGAUGAUGCAUAUUUUCCAGUAAAUAGACUUUCUGAGCAAAUGAGUUCUUUAAAACUAACUGAAUUUAUUAACAAUGAACAUCCAAUACCUGCAAAAGAAAACGCCCCAAAAUUAAAAAGUGCUUUCGAGGCACAAGUUCGAAACUAUAUUUGGACAGUGAAAGAUAAAGAUGGAAUUAUUGAAAAACUUUACGAAUAUGAGAGUGACUUUCAAAAUGGCACAACGAUCAGAAGAAUAAGACAAUAUUCAGUAUAUUAUGACACAGAACAUGUCGUAGACUUAUCUAAUUCUACGACGCUUAUUGAUAAUCAAAAGGCAGAUGUAUCGAAUUUAUUUUGCGUCACUAACCAAAGGUUCUUAUCAGGCUCGCAAGCAUUUAAAAAUUUUCUGCAAAAUAAUAAGAGUAUUGUCUUGAAACGAUCAAGAUCGCCUAAUUCUACAAUAUGUAUAGCGACUUAAGUUUGUAUUAAUA